CGUAAACAUUAGUUUAUGAAUAUGAUCUUGAAACGUUUAGUUUAUUAGUUUAUUUUGAUUUUGCAACAACGCUAGUCAAUUUUGUGCAAACAGCUGAAUUUUAAAGGUAACCAAAUCCCAUGAAAUGUAUUUAUUACAUUUAUUACUAACAAUAUGUGCAAUCAUAUUACAAGUGGCUCAAAGUGCAAAUCCAAAAUGUAAUUUAGAUGGUAAAAAACUUGUCUGCACCGAUGUCAAUAGUAAUGAAUUCAUUCAAAAUAUCAAAAAAUAUCAACCAACAGACAUUAAAUGCGCCGAAUGUACAUUUUCCAAAUUGAAUUUACAACAGCUGGAUAUUGAAAUUCGAAAAAAAUUACAAAAUAUCGAAAUAAUCGAGUUGUUAGAUGAACUUGAUUUUGAUGUGACUACAUUUAAAGGUGUUGAAAAUUUACAAACAUUAACAAUUGUGAACACAUCUAUAAAAACAAUGGAGCAAAAAUUGUUCAAACCUCUAUCAAAAUUGCAAGAAGUUCAUUUCAUACAAUGCAAUGCACGUAAAAGGGUUGAUUUUGGUUUCAAAUAUACACCACAAUUGCGAAAAUUAUCCAUUACGCAAACAUUUAUUUAUCAUGUGCUUGAUAAAUGGUUUCAUUAUAUUAAAAAUUUACAGGAAUUAGAUUUUUCUGACAGUCGUAUACAAACGAUUGAUAAAAAAUCAUUUAAAGCAUUAACAAAGUUACAGAAAAUUGUUUUGAGGAAGAAUGAUAUUAAAGUGUUACCAACUGAAUUAUUUGAUAAUAAUUUAGAAUUAAAAUAUCUUGAUGUAUCACAUAAUCCUAUCAAUCAGAUCAAUAUUAAACAUCUCAUUGAAACUAAUAAGGAAUUGGAAGAAUUUUUAAUGUAUGAUCUUCCGUGUCAAACAUUUGAAUCAAAAGCGGAAUCAUUACAAUUCGUAACUGAAUACGACCAAGAAGAAGACAAUCCAUUAAAUCACAAACUAUCAUGUGUUAAUUUACAAGCAUACGAUAAACGUGUACCUAAUAAGAAAAUAACAGUUUUUCGACAACACUUAAUGGAUGUUGUAAGCGAUAAUAAUUUCAAUGGUUUACCUUGUGUAUCGGGCAGCAAAUUUAAAAAUAUUUUUGAACAAAUCCCAAUAUAUUAAUAUUUUAAGGUCAGAAUUUGUAUUAUUUCAAGUUUAACAGAAAAAGUUGUUUAGGAGUUCUAUACAUUAAAUUAUUUUUAAUAAAGAAUAAUUGUUAGUG